AUGGGAAACGGCCUCUCGCCAUAUGUCGCAGAAGCUUACAUGUGUAAAUUUGAAUCUGAUUUAAAAAAAGAAGGUAAACUACCACGUAUUUGGCACAGAUAUGUUGAUGAUACCUUUGCUGUAGUGAAGAAAUCAGAAGCUGACAAAAUACUCGCAACAAUCAACAACAGAUUCCAUAGCAUUAAAUUCACUUUCGAGAAAGAGGAUGACACCCUUCACACUUUGCCCUUUCUCGACCUUGAAAUCAAGAGAAAAGGGAAAAACGUUGAGUUCAGUGUCUACAGAAAACCCACAUCCACAGAUCGAUACAUAACAAAUGAUUCAUAUUGCGCCUAUAAUCAAAAAAUUGCAGCCUUCCAUUCAAUGGUUUACAGAUUAUGCCGUCUACCUUUAUCAGUUGAAAGCUACAUGAAAGAAUACCAACAAAUACUUCAUAUAGCUGAUGUGAACGGCUACGAUAAAUUAGUCAUAGACCAUUUGAUCAAAAAACACUCGAAGAAGUUAAAGCUCAGCAACAUCAGUACGUUAUUUGACCAAAACACAAGUUCAAAUAAACACCGCGUCACUUUACCCUUCACCCCGAAUAUCACCAACAAGCUAAUACAUGUCUUUGCUAAAUCAGAAAUGAGCAUUGUACAUACAAACAACAACAAAUUAAAAUCUAUCCUAGGAUCAACAAAAGACAACAUACCAACUAAUCGAUGCAGCGGCAUUUACCAAAUCUCUUGCUCUAACUGCAACAAAAAAUACAUUGGACAAACAAGAAGAGCUGCAGAGGUUAGAUUCAACGAACACCAUCGAUCCGUAAAAAAGAAAGAGAUAGACAAAGCAAUAGCAGCCCACAUAUUUGACCCAAACAACGAUAGUCCACACAAAAUAACUUCUUUUGAUGACAAUUUUAAGCUUUUGAAAAAAGUAAACAAACCUAAUAAACUGGACGCAUAUGAAUCUAUACAUAUAUAUAUCAACAACAACCUCAUGAACUUAGAACCUGGACCAAUUGACUCCAAACUAUUCAGCGCUAUUAAGAAAGAGAAUAGAUAA